AUGGGCAACAUAAGCAGGGGAGAAGCCAGGCGCCAGGGAGCUGACAGGCCCGUGUCAGGGGAAGCUGCCUUGCCUGGAGCCCUUCACAGGAGCCUCUACAAAGCCAUCCUGCGAGAAGACUGCAGUGCCAUACAGACACUGCUACGGGGCCACCCCGUUGACCAGCCCAUAGCCAUCCUGGCCGAUGCCCCCGGCCACAGACGCCAGCUGAACCAGACGCAGUGUGUUUUGCCCAUUCACCUGGCGGCCCAGCACCACCGAGCCCAGAGUCUGCUCUGCCUGCUACAGCAUGGUGCUGACCCGGAGGCCAGGGACACCGGGGGCCUCACGACCCUUCACCAGCUGCUGCUGUACUGGCCAGUUGAGUCCAGGGCUCGGACGCCGGGGCCCUGGCGCCAGAAGGCGCUGGCGGACACGCCAAGCAACGCGGAAGCGCAGAGCCGCGCAGCCUGCUGCCUCCGCAUCCUGUGUGAGCACGGCGCAUGCGUGAAGGCGGGCGUGGGCGGCCACGGGGGACCCUCGCCCUUGCACCUGGCUGUCAUCUGCGGGGCCUCCCAGGGCCUCUCUGUUCUGGUCCAGAGCGGCGCCCUGGUCGAGGCCGUCAAUGAGUCCUGCAUGACGCCCCUGCACGUGGCCGCGAGCACGCUGAACAGAGAUAUGCUGGAGACGCUCAUGGUCUGCGGCGCCGACGUGAACGCGGUGGCAUCCACAGGGGGCACGGCCCUACACCUGGCAGUGGACACUGCGUCGGGCAAGGCCGGCUGGCUGCUGGCGGCGGGCGUGGGCUGCAUCCACACGCUCUUGACGCACGGGGCCCGUGUCAACGCCCAGGACCACCUGGGCCAGACAGCCCUGCACAAGGCCUGCUUUGGUGGCAGGGAUGCGAUCGUCAGUCUCCUGCUGGAGUUCGAAGCAAGCGUGAACAUCCUGGCGAGGGACGGGGAGUCCCCCAUCUACAGGUUCCUUCAGCGCGGCUCCAACAUUCGUAAUGCGGCCCUGUUGGCCAGGCUGCUGAACCGCUCCUACCCUCUGAGACUGGCCAACCACCAAGGGCGGCUCCCUGCCGGCAUCAUGCUCCCAGAGGCCCACCUCCUGCGGGGAGCACUGGUGGCCUGGUCACAGGAGCCCUUAGCUCUGGAGGACAUCUGUAAGAGGUACCUCCGGAAUGCCUACGGUGACCGGUGUAAGCACCACUUGAAGCAGAUCCUGCCCAGGAAGGUCUGGCACUCUGUGUACAGCUAUCAGGAAGGAGUCGGCCCCCUGACGUGA